AUGGACUCGUGGGUGGAGGAGGGGACGACGAAGGGGUCGAAGGAGACGACGGGGCUGCUGGCCCCCAAGCGCACCUACCAAACUAUCGGCAGCCUCGCCGGAGACCAAGAUGAGGGUCAGUGGGAGCGAGGCCGCAUGCUGCGACUGCUCUACUUCAGCUCCUUCCUCUCGGCCUGGGGCAAUCGCAUGUGGGAAUUUGCCGUGCCGAUCUUGCUGACGUCGGUGUUCACCGACAGCUUGCUGCCGGCCUCCGCCUUCCCAUUCGCCACCCAGCUGGCUUGCGUCAUCUUAGGGACGAUGAUGGGCAAGAUGGUGGACGACGUGGACCGCAAGCGGGUCAUCACGCUGUCGCUCAUCACGCAAAACGUGUGCGUGCUGAUAUGCGCGGUCAUCCUCUACUUCAUUCUGCCCUUUGGCGCACCCCAUCCGCCCUUGGGCAACUGGCACUUCGACGUCCUCUUCGCCGCUCUCGUCUUCGUGGGCGCGAUUGCGGCUCUGGCGUCGAUGGUGGAGGAAAUUGCGGUGGGCCGCGACUGGGUUGUGGUCAUCACCAACGGCGACCGAGAGGCCCUCACCGGCACGCCCCUCCCCGUCGUCGGCCCCUCCUGCCCCCUUCGCUCACACCAGAUGGACCGCCACAACAGAUGCCAACGCGACGGUGACGCGGAUCAGCCUCUUCUGCAAGGUCGCUGCGCCGGUGGCCUUCUCGCUCGUCAUGGCCUUCACCUCUCGCAGUACGUCCUCCCUACGCUGUGCCUGGUGUUCGUGGGCGCGUGGAAUGCGGUGUCGAUCGUGCCCGAGAUCUGGGCUCUGCUCCGCGUCUACGGCAGCGUGCCGGCCCUCCAGAAGACGCUCCAGUCGGCCUCGUCGUCGUCGGGCAACGCCUUCGCCACGCUGUGGGCCGGCUGGGCCACCUACAUCAGCUCCCAGCGCAUCUUCCUCGUCAGCUUCGCCUACACCCUCCUCUAUUGGACCGCGCUCAGUCCGGGAGCGCUGAUGUCGGCGUAUCUGCUGACGCACGGCAUCAACGAGAUUUACAUCGCGCUGUACACGGGCGCGUCGUCCGUGGUCGGCAUGAUCCCGACCUUCUUCACCUCCACCCUCUUCAAGCGCUUCGGCAUCGAAAAGACCGGAAUGUACGCAAUUUGGGGGCAGGACGCGUGUUUGUUGGUGUGCGUGGUGUUCUUCUUCGUGCCCAACUUCCUCCACUUGGCCGGCCUUCUCGGUGACGGGCCGCUCGACGGCGCCGCGCUGGCGGGCAGCUUCCUGGCCGAGUACUCCACGCCCUACAACUGGUCCAUCUGGGCCUUCCUACUCUUUCUCAUCCUCUCGCGCAUGGGCCUCUGGACCUUCGACCUCGCCGAGCGCCAAAUCAUGCAGGAGUACGUGCCGGAGGAGUCGCGUGGUGUGGUCAACGCGGUCGAGUACUCGCUCACCAACGUGUUCUCGCUGCUGUCCUACGGCAUGGGCAUGGUCUUCUACGCGCCCCAGCAGUUCGGCAUCCUCGUGCUCAUCUCCUUCGGCGUGGUCACCGUCGCCGCCCUCUGCUACACCCAGUGGCGGCGCUCCGGCGCCCUCCUCCGACCACCACCACCAACCUUGCCUUCCGCGCAGGCAAUCGAGGAGGCCUGA